GCAAAUCAGAUGCAAACUGAUUCUUUGUCUCCAUCUCCUAAGACUGUGUCGCUGGUGCCUUUAAAUAACACCACCAGUGCCCCAAGGUUUGGAACAGUUAUUCCUAAUCGAAUCUUUGUUGGAGGAAUUGAUUUUAAGACUAACGAGAAUGACCUGAGGAAAUUUUUUUCCCAAUACGGCUGUGUAAAAGAAGUAAAAAUAGUAAAUGACAGAGCUGGAGUAUCAAAAGGGUACGGGUUUGUCACAUUUGAAACUCAGGAAGAUGCACAAAAAAUUUUACAAGAGGCUGAAAAAUUAAAUUAUAAAGAUAAGAAACUGAACAUUGGUCCAGCAAUAAGAAAACAACAAGUAGGGAUUCCUCGUUCCAGUAUAAUGCCAGCAGCUGGAACAAUGUACUUAACAACUUCAACUGGAUAUCCAUACACUUACCAUAAUGGAGUAGCUUAUUUUCACACUCCUGAAGUUACGUCUGUUCCUCAACCAUGGUCACGCUCAAUUUCUAGUUCUCCUGUGAUGUUAGCUCAACCAAUUUAUCAACAACCAACAUAUCACUAUCAGGCUCCUGCACAAUGUCUUCCUGGACAGUGGCAGUGGAGUAUUCCCCAGUCACCUGCUUCUCCUACUUCAUUCUUUUACCUUCAUCCUUCUGAAAUUACUUAUCAACCAUUGGAAAUUGCACAAGAUGGUGGAUGUGUCCCUCCUCCUCUUUCCCUAAUGGAAGCUGCAGUUCCAGAGCCAUAUACUGAUCAUGGAGUUCAAGCAGCAUAUCACCAAGUUUAUGCUCCAAGUGCCAUAGCCAUGCCAGCCCCUGUGAUGCAAUCGGAGACUAUUAAAGAAUCCAGGAUACAUUCAGUGAGAAGAAAUUUUUCUCAUCCUUCAUCUAUGAGUUUGAAACCUCGAUAUGCACGAACUCCUCAUUUUCACCCUAGAAAAGAUUACAGAUCAGAUGACAGUAUGCUCAAUACUUCUUCCUCUACAGACUCUGUUAAAUAA